AUGUCUUUCAUAUGUUGUUGUUCAAUGACAGCAAUGGCUGCAAGACUCGCAAUUGUGAGGGGAGACGGAGGGAAAGGGAAGUUAGGAAGUGUUUUAGGGUUUAAUAGGUUGAUUCAUUCGGUGCCCCAAUCUCCUCCUUUACCUGGGAGCAUUUAUUUUGGGGUUCAGUCACCACAACCCGUUUUGCCCGAGUUCAGUUUCCCGAGUUUCUCUCUUGGUGGUUCUAUGGAGCUCAUGGCUGUCCCAAAACGCAAGGUAUCUCCCCAUAAAAGAGGAAUAAGGAAUGGACCAAAAGCACUGAAACCUAUUCCCGUGAUUGUCCUAUGCAAGGUUUGUGGUCGUGUUAGACUUCCACACUUUUUCUGUUGUGGUGGGAAACCAAAUCAAGGUAAUACUGGUGAACAGAAAGGUAGUCCAAGCUAA